UCCCUUAGUAGGGAUGCUGCCCUUGUUAUUUUCAGGAAUCAGUCAUCGCAAUUUUAAAUUAUUUAUCGCCGUUUGGGCUGUGGCCAUCCGAUCUACUCCCAUCCAAUAAGACACCAUGGUGAUGUCUCCAUUAUCCUCAAAACUGUAGACGUUGGGCCUUCUCUCCUCCAAUCGCUCCUAGUGCCUAUACCCUCACCCCCUCCGUCCCUCUCUCUGCACCCGUGUGGCAGCAGCCAUGUCUGGGAUGAGGUUGCGUCGGGGGGCCGUGGUGGACACCCAGAGGCUGGCCGGGAUGCUGCAGCGGCGGCCCCACCAGACCCUGGUCAUCGACAGCCGCACCUUCUCAGAGUACAACGCCUCCCACGUGCUCAACUCCAUCAACGUCUGCUGCUCCAAGCUGGUGAAGAGGAGGCUUCAGCAGGACAAGGUGUCCGUGGCCGAACUCCUGCAGCCCAAUGGCAAAAUAAAGGUGAACCUAUGCAGGAAACAGGAAGUGGUGGUUUAUGACCAGGGCACCAAAGACGCCAGCCUGCUGUCCAAAGACAGCUUCGCCUACAUCCUGCUCUCCAAGCUAGAGCAAACAUUCAACCAGGUGUUUUUACUCACAGGUGUGCUCCAUGGCAGCCUCCACAUCUGGUAUCCAGUGGCCUCCUGAUAUACUACGGCCACUGUGCCAGAGAGACUGAGGAGCAAGAAGCAAUAACACAAGCCAGUAUACAGGGCAGUGUUUCAGGACACAAACAGCAAGUCAUAAAAUGAUGUGUCCCUGGAUUGACAGGAGUGUUUUCUUUCCUGUGUCUCUUUGUGUUAAUUACACUGAUAUUUACUGAAAGAGGUUACUUAUCUGGUAUCCACAGUGCAUGGCACCAUGCCUGAGAGAGAGAGAGAAAUUUGAAACAACAGAAUUACAAGGUUUUUUUUUCCAAAUGCAUGAUCUCACAAAUAGAAACUUGUCAAAUGUUUGUACCUUGUGUGACAGUCGUAUAGCGUUGUCUGUCCCUUGAUUACAGUGAUUUAAUUGAAUUAGAUUAAAAUGAAAUUGAAUUCAUCCACUGGUCUCCCGAUACAGUACAUUGCACCAUAGAGAGGGACAUAAGACAUAUCACAAGCACACAUGGCUGUAUUUCACAAGACAUACAGAAACUUAUCAACUGUUUUGUUCCCAGAUUGACAGUACAGUAGUCCGUCUG